AUCCUCUCUUUCUUCCACAUGGAUCCAGUUUGGAGCUCCAUUUUUCUCCUCAACUCCGACGGACGGCGGACAAUAGAUGGCGGUUGUCGUAGAUCUGAGGCUAGGGGGUGGAGAUGGCGGCGAAGAUGGUGGUGGUGGUGGCGGCGUCAAGCGACAGCGGAGACCGGCGGCGUCCGACGACGGUGAAGACUGGCGGUGUCCAGCGACGGCAUAGAUUGGCGGCGUCCGGCGGCGGCAACGUCCGGCAUCUGGCGGCGGCGUCAAGUGGCGGCAUAGGGCGGUGGUUAGGGGCGGCGGUUACUGGUGCAGGUACUGCCCCUGGAUGGUGCCGACGGUAAGUUGUGGUUGGGGAAGGAAAAAUACGUUGUUGACUUGUGUAAUGCAUUAAUUAGUUUAUUAUUCUAUUUUGUAUUUUUACUAAAUAAGUUUGACUAUUCAUUAAAGGCAUUUUUGUCCCUUACUUAUAAUUUCCGUAUGGCAAACUACACUCUUAGAUAGGAGUCCUACUUUUGCAUAUUUAAUAAGUUUUACUCCUAAAUUGGGAAUUUUCUCAAAGAUAUAAGGUUUUAGAAACCUGAAAUUUGUUAAAGAAAAACAGCGAUGGCUCACCGGUGGCUAAACUUAAAAUCUGAAAACCAGUGCCCCAAACUAUCGUUUCCUCUUCCACUCACAAGGAACACGGUAUUCUUAGCAUCUUCGCACAAUGCACUAAUCACUGAUAUGAUUUGUUGAUUAGGAAUUUUAUUGAUGGUGGUUUGAGGCAUGACCGUCCCAUCAUAGUCCAACAAAAUAGCUCUGUUUUUUGCUCUCGAGUUAGAGGAAGCAAUCGCGUUGACCGAGAGCUUCCUGAAAUUUGGGUCGAGCGCCACCACCCUAAACCCAAAACGCAGACCCAUCCCACAACACCGUUGCCUGAAAUGGUCUUUGCAACUCCUCUCCAGAUCUUGGAAGAAGGCAGGUAUCGGGAAGGUAUGGGAAGGACAACUACAAACGAGCUGAAUGAAUAAGUCCAGAAAGGUUGCUUAAGACGAAUAACUUCCGCAACGAUCAAUCUCUUCCGCAGCGACCGUGUCUUCUUCUUCCGUUCUCCGUGUUAAUGGAAUCCAUCGUGCGGUGACAGCGUCUCAAUGGGAAGUCGUUCGGCUUCAAAAUCCCCUUCCACAUUGCAUCCUUUCUCGUCACCUCUUGCUAUUCGGAUCUAAUACAAUUGGGAGGUCAGAAGUUGUGGAAGCUAAGGCCGGGAAGGGUUCAACCACACUCUCGAUGGCAUAUGUUGGGGCCAUAUUUGCAUAUGCUUGCUUGAAAGAAUUGAAUGGAGAUCCUGAUGUUGUUGAAUGUUCCUUUGCACAUUCAACCAUAACUGAACUUCCUUUCAUUGCAUUCAAGGUGAGACUUGGAAAAAAUGGUGUGGAAGAAGUCCUAGGGUUGGGUUUGCCUGUCUGACUUCGAGAAGGAAGGACUGGAAAAACUAAAGCCUGAGAUUACUCUAUUGUGCAGGGAAUCAAGUUUUUCGGCUGUUUGUGGAAUGAUGCUUUCUGGAAGUCAUAUGUUCCAGAUUAGAAGGUUUGAUUUGUAACCAUUCCUAUUCCAUUGAUUAUAGAUAAUGUCAUCAUCAACAACCCACAUCUCAAAUUAUUGCAGAACUUAUAAAAUUUUGAUAUUAUUAGAAUUCUAAUAAUAUAGUGUUGACAUGAAUAGAGAUUAUGGUGUGACGCUGAACAAGCUAAAGAAGACUCUUGCUCCUAGAGAUAAUUUGGUUUUUGUCUCAAAUCGGCAUGAGAGAAUCAUUCAUGUAGCAAGAACAGUUUUUCCACACGCUGAACGUGGAUACGGUGAUCAACACAUUUUAGGCAAUAUUAGAGCAAAAUUUAUAGGAUCUACUACUGGUUUGGAAAGUUUGGUUAGUGACAACGUUGUUCACGGUGUAAGAAUUAAGAAAGGUCAACACAAUAAGAAGUCUUGCAGGAAUCCUAUCGCGAUCCGUAGUUCUUAGUUUGAUAAUAUUUUAUGGAUUUAGUUUUUUAUUUUCCUAGAAUAACAGUUGAUUUGUUGGCA